UUCGCGGAUCCUGUCCUGGCAAACCGGAUUGCAAAACCAGAGCCAUGGCCCAGACCCUUCUCUUUCUCUCCGCCAGCGACGAUCCCUACCGCACGCGAUCAGCGUCCAGCGACUCUCUCUUCCAGCCCCGGACCACCGCCGUCAUCCCGGGCCAGGUACCUCGUUGUACCUCUGCUGCACCAGCCCGCUGCUGGCAUCGCUCACCAGGCCGUCGCCACGCCUUGCGUAGUGUAGACCAGACCCGCAAAACCCUUCAGCCUCUGCACAUUCUGCUUGUCUAUACGGCCACAUUGGUGCUCGUACGCGGUUGGUUUGGGCAAUCAUCAUCAUCAUCAUCAUCAUCAUCAUCAUCCAUCAUCAGAAUCAUACCAGCGCCUUGUAGACACACCAAAUGCUUCGGUACAUCCACCCCCUCGCCGAGUACCGCCAAGUACCAGCGCCGCACCGUCCCAGUCAACACUGCGCUCUCGCGACACGACCAGCUCCCCUUCCCACAGCGGUACCUUGCAGUACAUGCUGCUCGACCCCUGUCGCUCUCCCACACGCACUCCCAGCUUGCCCUCUCGUGGCCCGUCCAGCGGCUGCUGCUGCUUCUGCCGCUGCCGCUGCUUGUACACGCCGGUACUCAUGCUAGCAGCUUUGCGUUGUGUCGUCUCCCUUUUUCCCACCGCUCGCCCCAAAUCUCACACACACCCUUCGCCCAGAAAAUCCCAUGAAAAAAACCCCUUCUUUCUGCGCGCUAAUCUUGACGAAAAGGCCCGCCUGG